CACUUUGACUUUUGCGCCAUUAACAAAAUAAUUUUCAGCUGACCGCAAAUAAGUGGAAAAUAAAUCAAGAUGAGCUUUUCUCCUGGGGGUGAUGUUUCCGAUAACGAGGACAGUGACUCCUUUCACUCGUUCAACGACAGCGAGAUCUCCAAUCAGCGAGCUCUGAGCGCAUCCUGGAAAUCGUCGCUUGGCAGCGAUUGCGACAGCGCCGCGGGGAUGUCGGAGCAUGAGACUUCGGGUUCACUGGAGGAUGGGCUUUCGAUAGAGCAGCAGCCGCAGACCACAAAGGAGACGCCUCCAAAGGCCUUGUUUGGCAAACCGGACCCAAAAUCUGGUGAUCAAAAGAGCGAGUGUUCUAGCGAUUCGUCUGCUUGUGAUGGUGUGUCCACCAACGGCGGUGCUCAGCCGCAGACGGAGCGCUUCAAGACGCUCAAGAAGUUUGUGGUCUCGCCGCUAAACGACAUCGAGGAGCCCUUGCCCAUGUGCCUCAGGAAGGUGCCGAAACUCGCCUCGAAGAAGGUGCCCAACGAGGAGCUCUUCGACAUGGAACCGCCGCAACUGCGUCUGAAAGAUUACCUGGAGUCUGAUCCAAGGUCUGAGGCCAAGCAUAAGCACGCCUUCACCGAGAUCUGGGUUGGUUCGCAACAGAAGUGCAAUGAUCUCAAGCGCUCGCCUCUGCGCGAGUUUUCGACGGCCCUGGAUGCCUACUUCACCCAAGAUUUGGACGAAAUGACGACUCCUAAAGAGCACGACGAUCCUGUUGUCCAGCCUGUGAUGAAACCAGCUAAAACCAUUAAGAAGACUCCUGUCGCAAGUGUUAAGCCCGCUGAGGAGUAUGUGUCGCCCUUCGAGAAUAUGCCAGUUCCGGCAGGACCACCAAAGGAAACUUCAUUGCUGGACGGAGCCAAAAAGCCUGUAAUAGUGCCCGCUGGCUUUGAUUUGACCCGUUUGGUGGAGUUUAAGAAUCCAAACCACUGGGCUCGUCGCCAGCACGUACGCACCGGCGACAGGGUCUUCUAGAUCGUUUGUAAUCGUUUCUCGGACUAGUAGCUACUUCUAUUACCUCUAUACCACCGAUGGAAUAUCUAUUAACUUUAUAAGCUGGACUUGAAAUAAAGGACUUAAGAGCCUCCUCCUAGCAUUUAGAACGAG